AUGUCCAGCCCCGAGUACUGGCUCCUCACGGAGUGCCGACUGCGAAGGGCCUAUGACCCACAUGCGGCGCGGUUCCCGCCCUGGUCCCAGAACUGGGACGCCUGCAAGCCGCGAGGCACGGCCAGAAGGCAGGGCCCCGAGCGCGGCGUGGGCCCGUCCCCAGGCCUGGCGGGGGCGGUGCGCGAGGAGGCCCGGGCCCCUGGCCUGUCCCCGCGGGUCCCGUGUGCUUCCGCGGGGCCGAGGCGUCCUUCCCCUCAGGGGCCCCCCGCCUGCUGCCAUUCCCAGGCCCCCAGGACGGCGUUCAGGGCGGGUCUCUCCUGCGUCCGCCCCGCGGGGGGCGCGGGGGGCCCGGCGGCGGUGGCGGGCACAGACGUGGGACGUGGCGGCUGGACGGCGACCUCAGGACUGGGGCCUGGGAAGGGGUUCGUCCGGCGCCCCCCACCCCUCAGGGCUGGCUCCGCAGGGACAGCCCCAGCGCCCCCUGCCGGCCACACGGGGAGCGGGGCGAGGGGCCAGGACGGCGGGCGCCGGCCCCCCGUGCCCCUCCAGGCGCCCCAGAAGCAGUGCCCGCUGCACGUCCUGGGGCCCAGGCUCAUCCCGCAGAGCGCGGCCCUGUGCAGAGCGCUGUUCCCCUGCGCCUGGCACUCGGCUGCCCCGCCUGGGGCGACAGCUGCCUCUGCGCCUGAGCCCAGGUUCUCGGGCGCCCCCAGCCCCAGCUCCGUCCCAGAGCCGCCCUGCGCUCGCGGGCUCCGCAUGUGUUCUGAAGCCCUUACUCUCUGUGAAGCGGAGCAGCCGGGGCCCCCUCUCUCCUCUGGGGACACGGGAGCAGCGCAGAGGGACUGGGGUGCUCCCACGUGA